CGAGUUUAGGGAGUAGUUGGACAGCCAUUGCAGUGUCGUGGCUCAGUAACAAAACACGAAAAACCGAGGUAGACCUGGCAUCUCGCAGGCCCUCUCACUUUCAACCGGGAGACCCUUUUACAUGUAUAUACGAGCGAACACACUCGUCGAAUAAAUCUGCACCUAAACAACGGGAUUCAACAGCUCCGGAUAUGUCAUCCAUAUUAGAAUGGAUUUAUAACAGUGUCAAUGGCGUGCUACAGUUUUUAGGACUGUACAGGAAAUCCGGCAAGUUAGUAUUUCUUGGCCUGGACAAUGCUGGCAAAACGACGCUACUGCACAUGCUCAAAGAUGACAGAUUGGGACAGCAUGUGCCAACUUUACAUCCAACCUCGGAAGAGUUGACGAUUGCUGGCAUGACCUUCACCACCUUUGACCUUGGAGGCCACGCACAAGCCCGCAGAGUGUGGAAAAACUACCUCCCGGCCAUUAAUGGCAUUGUCUUCCUUGUGGAUUGUGCAGACCAUGUGAGAUUGGCGGAAUCAAAAGCAGAACUUGAUGCAUUAAUGACAGACGAGACCAUCGGAAAUGUGCCUAUCCUGAUCCUGGGCAACAAAAUUGACAGAUCAGAAGCCAUCAGUGAGGAGAAGCUGAGGGAAAUUUUUGGAUUGUACGGACAGACGACAGGCAAGGGUAACAUUGCUAUGAAGGAGCUGAACACAAGACCACUGGAGGUGUUCAUGUGCAGUGUGUUGAAGAGGCAGGGCUACGGCGAGGGCUUCCGCUGGCUCUCACAGUACAUCGACUAAAGAAGCCAAGCAGCCGUAACAUACCACCACCACCAGGGGGCGCUUCACUCAACCACUCAAGACGCCUAACUGUUGCCACAGUACCAUCAUACUCAGCCCCAUGUUUGGUUAAACAAAUCUGCCUCCACCUUCAGAGAACCCAGUACAACUUGAUCCCAAUAGACUUUUAUUGGUCGAACAUUUGGUUCCGCAUUACAUCCAUACAUGUAUGCGCACACACAUACAUACACGUGUCCAUCUCUUUCCUUUCGAGGAGGGUAACACAGCAAAGGGUGUUCAAAUUCCAACUGAUGAAUCUUUUCUAUAUCGUGUCAGUUGUUUGCUUUCCUCUCUCCCUCCCUUCCUGCCAUCCGUUGAGUGUGAUGAUAGAUGCAUUAUAACUGUAAAUCUGUACAAAUAUCAAUAAUCCCCGGCACCUCUUUCCCCUCUUCAUCUCAUCUUAUCUUCGGCAAUGACAAAGAGCAACAUAGUUGUAAACAUUGCAGCACACUUCUUUUUUUUUUUUUUUAACAGUAAAGACAUUCAUUCAACAUUGUAUUCAAUCACUGUGUUUUGCUUUGUCCUUUUUAUUCUUUUCUUCGUUUUUUUUUUUUUUCAUGAUUGUGGCCACGUAUACAGCCCUCACUAUAGACGUGUGGCUACUUCACCCAUUUAUUAAAAUGGACCAGUGCAUUUAUCUUAGUGAUCCAUUUCUCUAGGGUACAAGGAAGGCUAGAAUAUCUUUUUGUUCCAGACUCUUGUCUGGUGGGCACUCUAGCAGCAUUGAAUGGUAAACUGUGGGCUCCCUUUUUUAAAAGAACCAUGGGGUGGUAGUGAACCAACAGGAGGAGAAUUUUAAUAAUAGAAAAUAAUACAGGCUAUAACCCCAGCAAGGUUUUAUGAAAUGGUGUCGUUAGCACAGUGGUCCGCAAAGAAAACUAUUUAAGUAAAUUAGACUUUUGAAUAAAUAGGUGAUAACAUGCAGUAAGAGACGAAGGGAGGGAUAUACAGAUGGUUGUAACAUCUAGUGGUAGUCGAUAUUAAUCGUUCAUCCUGAUGUAUGUUGCAGCGCAGACCUUUUGACAGGGUGAAUCGCCUCACUAAGUGUAGAUUACGAAGGACACACAGUCCCAUAGUGGGAACAGGUAGAUUAGGCUUAUGACACCUCCAAGAAAGGGACCAUGUAUAUAUGAAAUGUACACAAACAUCGUACAUGGAUUUUGUAUUUAUGAGUGGUAUCCUUUCAUAUCUAUGUGCAUUACCAGAAACUAUUAUGCAUGCCUUGUUCUUUUGAUUAUUAAUGACCAUUAUUCCAGAGUACAAUGGGAGGGAAGAAGAUGCCAAAAUUUACAAUGAGAGCUGAUUGUCAUGUUAGUUUCUCCUUUUUUUUUUCUUUUUUUAACGGAAAUAAUGAAAUUGCGCGUAAUACAUUCUUUUUCUGUCCCCGUCUGUGUCUCAUUCAUUCCCUCAUGACUACGUGAUGAGCUGCUCCAACAAGGGUGGGACUCGCUGUUGUUUGCAUCAAAAAAAUGUAAUAAAUGUUUGCAAAGAAUAACAGGCUUUAACAUUGA